AUGGCUACGGCGGCUAUCAAAGAAGAAAACAAAGCCAAAGUAGAAGCGUUCGUUCAGAAGGUACGAAUUGAUGAUGGCAACAAAUUUUUCAUGCCAUCACGUCAGCCUAUCAUUGCACAUGGAGACUUUAGACCGAGUAAUUUAAUGCACAGAACACGAGAGGACGGGCAGUUACAAGUGGUGAUUCUAGACUACCAGAUGCUUCAAAUUUCGAACCCUAUCGUUGACCUGAUGUUCUUUAUCCUCAGCGGAUCUGACGAAGAGUUUCGUGCUAAGCACUACCGCCAACUUCUCGAGCAUUACUAUAUGGAACUUUGCAACGCUCUUACCAGGCUAGAUGUUGACGCUAAGGAGGUAUACCCAAAGGAGGAUUUUGAAUACGAUUUGGAAAAGAUCCAACCAUACGGUCUGUUUAUCAGCUUACUGAUGCUGCCGGUGGUGACCGUUGAAGCUGAGAACGCGCCACUAAUGGACGGCGAUAUCAGGAAUUUAAUGAUUAAACCGAACGAACUCGCAGCAACUAGAUUGAAUGGAGCCGUCAAUGACUUUGUUAGGCUAGGUGUAUUGUGA